AUGCCUUUACGUCAUAGUUCGGAAGAUUUGUCGAACACUGGUCGUCAUCCAGAGUGCGGCAUAUGUUGUACAUCGGUGGCUAAGGCGGCCUAUUCUUACACUACAGCUUGUGGACACGUAUUUCAUAAGUCAUGUCUCACAAAUCGCACUAAGACGUGCCCCAAUUGCCCUGUUUGUGACACCGUUUUGACUUCACUUAGUAUGUCCACAGCGGCACAUGCAGGAAUUGCUCCAUCACCCAUGGGUACCAGGUCACAGACACAAAGAGCUAGGGAAUUUGAUUCUUCUCGAGCUAGGAUUCAAAAUACGACUUCUCCUUCUGGUAUUCAAAAUACGACUUCUCCUCACAGUAAUGAGGAAGCAGAUGUAGCUGCGACUGUAAUGAAUCAGGGUGAUAACCCGUCUACUUCCCAGAAUUUUGAUGCCGGUCAGACUGAUCCAAUUAGGAGCAUGGUUGAAGAGGCAGUGAGGGCACAGCAUGAUGAGCUGUUGGCGACUGUUAGUCAAAGAUUGUCGAGUCUCAUCGAGACUAAUUUGGCUGCAGGCUUUAGUAGGUUGAAUACUGUUCCCCAGGACAAUAUUUCGUCCCGACAUGUUUUUCCUCCACCCUCAACCCCUGUUUUUUUUUGGGAACGGGAAACCCUCAUCGACAAACCCGCAUAUCCUUUCGAUGAUGCAUUUGGGAGAAAUUCGCCGACGGCUUUUGGGCAUUUCAUCGAGUAA